AUGCUUCGGUCAACCGGUCUUUACGCUCGCAGUCUAUUUCAGAAAUUCAAUACACGACCCUAUUCAUCGAGACGGCCUUUCUCCUUCAGUUACAACGCAAAAUUCCCCCGGCUAAAUAACAGUGUUAACGGCGCUCGGUCAGGCUCAAGUUCUUCAACCGUCAUCGAUGCUGGGAAUGUUUCCUUCGCUGCGAAGGUAGGGAGACCAUCAAUAAGGAACCAAAUAAUUUUCGUUCUCCUUGGUUCUGGUGCUGCUUACACAUAUGCUUCGCUCACCACCGACCUGGAGACCAAUCUGCUUCUCAAAAAAGUCAAGGAGCAAUCUACGGGCUUUACCUUCAUGAGCAUUACCAACCGAGAUCUUACUCGCGUUCAGAAUAUGGAGUUGGUCAAGAAACUCAGGCUCAGAUUUGCGGAAUGGAAUGCAAUGAUUGUCGAUCUUCCUCCAUUCAUACGGCAACGACUAUCCAUGCUUUACCUUGCAAUCUUCCAGCCCUACGCAGACGCGUCGCAGGGUAGACGAUUAUGUUGGAAGAUCUGUUUAUUGAACUUGGGCGUGUGGUUUAUGUGGAAAAUACGACAACCUAUGAUGUUGCGUAGUUUUGCCCACAAUCCAUUAUCUGGCGCAAGUUUCACCCUCCUGACCAGCAUGUUCAGCCAUCAAGGCUUCCUACAUCUGGCUUUGAACUGUUUAGCGCUCGAGAGUUUCGGCUCGGCUGCUUAUGUUUACCUCAACAACUCCGUUUCACAGGAGGCACCCGAAAAAUUAGAAUCGACAUCUGUCUAUCAUUGGCUCGCAUUCUAUGUGUCGGCUGGAAUGUUCUCCUCAUUAGUUUCGCACAUUGCCUCCGUGACAUUCAAAUAUCCUCGGCUCAUCGCGCAGCUCUCCUCUCCCGUUUCCAAUGUCCCCAAAACCGCCGAUACAUGGGCUGCCGCCGUCGCGGCUUCAUCGUCAACCGCCAACUCAUCCCGUUCCCUUUUCUCCUCUCUCACCAAAUCUUCUACUUCUUCAUCCACUGUGGCAGCAGCAGCAGCUCCCAAACCAACUCUGAUACCCCCGUCUCUAGGUGCCUCGGGGGCCGUUUACGCCUGUGUGACGAUGACUGCGCUAGCCUUCCCACAAGCACAAGUUUCGUUGAUAUUCCCGCCGUCGUAUCCUCUGGAUAUCCAGACAGCAGUCGUGGGCUUGGUCGCCCUCGACAUGAUUGGGAUAAUGAGGGGCUGGAAGAUGAUUGACCAUUGGGCGCAUCUCGGUGGAGCUGCGUUUGGGGCUGCGUAUUACGCCUAUGGUCCGAAAUUAUGGGCUCACUUGAGGAAUGAGACCCAACCGCGGUAA